CCCUUCGUAUGUACCAACAAUCGACCAAGCGCGCUAACAUCAGCAGAAGUUCAAUCUCCCUCCGUAUGUGCCACAGCCACUCUCGGCUGUGCCAAGUGUACAAAACCCCAGCCUAUAAAACCCUCACAAUCCCAUUCCUAAAUCUCAGUGUUACCCAAUAUUACCGACAUUCUGGCUUCGUGCUAUCUACCCUAUUUGCCCGUUCAAAACGUGCUUUUGAACCAAGAUUUGCUGAAAAGUCGUGAUCUCAAGGACUUCGAUCACGCUUACGUAAGUCGAGUUGUGAAACUGCACUUGUCAGCAGGCAGCCACGAGAUACCUAAGCAGCUUGAGAAAGCUUUGCCAGAAAUUUACAGAAUCAAUUUCUCGCCAAAAUCGGAGACUAUGUGGUCAGCGAUGAAGCGGAUAUUCAAUUACCUCGCGAACCUAGAAUGGACCGAGCGAGUGCAACACGCGUGCACGUUCUGUGACCGGUCGAAGCUGACUAAGAUCGUUUACGAAGAUGACGAUAUCCUCGCCAUAGAAAACCGGCGGCUUGCAGGCGAAUCGCACUGGCUGAUCAUGCCGAAGACGCACGGGAUACGGGACAUCGAGGCACUCAAUGGCGAACACCUCGACACACUACAAGCAAUGGACCGCGUGAAGAACCAUCUCAUCGCCCAGCAUUGCACGGACGUACCCAGCUCGGCCAUCAUCUCGGGGUACCACCGGGGCCGGCGACCGCUACUAGGCAACAUUUACUACCCGGACAUCAUCUCCAUCCACCAUUUACAUCUGCACGUCAUCGUGCGGCCGCGGUGGAUAUUGCGGGUGUUUAAAUAUCCGGCUUGGUUGCCGCUUAUGUGGAAGUCGGAUGUUGCGGUAUUGAAGGAGGUGAGGCGCUUGGUGUAAAUGGUUGACAUCGGAAAAUGGAAGAGCGUACGCAGUUAUAUGUUGAUUUGGAUGAUAUACCCCGUAGGACAGGAUUUACUGCAUCUACUUUGCUGUCAUGAUAGAUAUUAUACCAUGGUGCAUGCCGAAUAAAUACCCUUAAUAUCUGUCUUCAAGGAUCUGGAUAAAUCAAGCUUUGUGAUAGAUACAAUGAAAGAAUACUGGGAAUUGAUA